CAAACGCUCAGGACUGCAACCCUUCUUUCAAGUGCGGCAAGGAUGCCAUAAUGAUGGCAUUCAAAAAGCGGCAGGCCCAGGAAUGAAAAGGAAGAGAGAAGAAAGCCAUGGAAGCAUCUGAUUCUGCAAGCUUGUGAAGGAGAUGCGUUUGGAGCUUAGCUCAUGGGGGGAGGAAAAAGGAGAGGAAGAAAAAGAAAGUGGGCUCUGUAUCUUUGCCAAAUCCAGUGAAAAGAAAUUCUCCAGAAGAUGGCUCACUAUCUGGCCGAAUAUGUUCCAUAAGAAUAUAUCCGCGUCCUUCUCUAUCCACUUUCUUUUCGUUUCCCCUUUUCAAAGUUGCAGCUCUUUCGCUGGCCAAAAAGAAACGUUACAGGCCCAUCUUUCCUCUGUUAUUCCCAUCAAUGCUUUUGAACUUCCGCGCCAGGAUCUUCUCCUUUCGGUUUGCUUUCCGCUUUAUUUAAUAUAGUCAGAGAACGAGGUCUAAGGUACUGGUGCUUCGGCUUACAAUGGCGAAUCACUAGGGGGUUAGGACUAAUUGCCGUUCGACUCGUUGAUCGGCGCGGUUUACCACCUUAACCUCGACUCGGGUCCUACCUAGGCAGUUUUAUAAGGAGCAAUAGGAUUUUCGAAUGCCCCCGUGAGGACAGAGAUAAAUAGAAGCCUUGAGCUUUGAAGCGGAAGGCCAAAUCAUCUUUUUAGUUCCCUGGCUGUCUCUUUCCUCAAUCCCCCCAAGACAUGAAGGAAAUACAAAGCCUCUGUACGUCCCAAGCUUCGACUUCCACAGCCACCAUAAUGGAUAAAUCCUCCUAUGCUGGACUCGGAGGCCGAGCCAUCGACCGCCACAACCCCAUCAUCGCCGAUUCGAGGAGACUGACCUCCAAACAAUCGCCCGCUUCUGCAGCACAUGCGGCUUCUCAUGAACCACCAAUUCAGCUGAAGCCGCACCACCAUCAGCUUCAGAACAUCGGCAAGAAAGGCUCUUCCAAGCCAACUCCUCGUGAUCAAAGCAAGACGUCACCAAAAUCGAAUGAAGGCCGAAAAGAUUUCACCAAGGAAAAAUCUUUGAAACAGAAGGAUGCUAUCAAAAAGACAAUUGCCCUUCCCGGUGACCUUUGCACCCCUCCUAGUUCCUCCAGAUAUCUGUUAAGUGACACCGUUCUAAUCAGUGACGACUCGGUUUUAACUUCGGUUUUGGAUGAGCACAAGAAGAGCCAGCCUUCGGAUCAACUUGACCGAUUCGUCAAUUCCAAUCCCUCAUCCUCUUCUCGCUCAAAACCCACUUCAGACCAGGUUGUCGUAUUGAGGGUCUCGCUGCACUGUCGAGGGUGCGAAGGAAAAGUUAGAAAACAUCUGUCCAAGAUGGCCGGAGUGACAUCCUUCAACAUAGAUUCUGCAGCAAAGAAAGUGACGGUGGUAGGAGAUGUGACGCCUUUGAGUGUCCUGGCAAGUGUUUCCAAGGUGAAAACCGCUAGGUUCUGGCCGUUUGCCCCAGCAGUGUCCUCGACCAAUGGAUCGGACGGCAGAAUCUGAAUGCUGGAAGAAAUAACAGUGUUCCUACAUUGUAAAUUGCCCAAAGCGAGAUGAAAUGUACACUGUAUAUUGCGCUAAGCAUAAUGGACUUGCCCCAUUUUUCUCUAUGAAAGUCACUGGAGGCAUCACUCAA